UGUAGGUUUUAGUUAAGACUAUAGCCUCGCCAAUAAGUAUAAUAUUAUGUUAAGUAUCCUGGAUUGCAUUGUGCAGUACUCUGCUUAAAAUUAGGUUGAAAGGCGAUGGCCGAGGAACCUCUGAAGCUCUACUGGGACCAUUUCUUCAAAGCGGAGACCGGAACUUAUGAGAAAUCAACUUGGUUGGACCUGUUCUUAGCUGAGUUCCUUGUCAGACUUAAUAGCGGCGCUAAUCCGAAGGAACUUAUCAAUUUUUGUCCUGUGAGCGGAGUGGUGACAUUAGUGGGUUGUGAGUUACUUUGCGGGAUCCACCGCGUGACGUCUUCGUUGAGCGCGCACAGUUCACCCAAAGAAAAUGAUGUUAAAGCACCAGUUGUGGAAAAAGAAGAUCGUCCGACAAGCCUGUUCACAAAGACCAACUCACAGUCGACCGGAGAAGUGCUGCGCAAGUACUUGUUGGGAGGCGUGGCAUGGCGCUGUCUGGCACUGCUGAGAGCAUUAGGAGUCGAGGGCCUCUCAUGCUGUCGACAACUGAGCUCCGUCCUUAUCUGGCUGUUCGGCGAGCUGAGCGCGGGCGCGUCCACUCCGACGCAACCGCGCCCGCGCGUCCGAAGAGCGCCCAUACACCAACUAUUUUCCAACAGGAUAUGGUCCAAACAAAAGCCCGCUGGCAGUCCGGCAUCAAAGAUCAACAACACUGCAGUAUCCGACCGGAGUACGACUGGACGAUCCAGACACGUAAGCCAAAGUAAGGACUCCGAUGUCAAAACGAAAAGAAAGACGCUUAAACAAGAACUUUCUUCCGAGUCUGCUGACUCCAACGACGACUUGCAGGUUCUAAACCGAUCGCUCGCCAUCAAAAUUUCUUCUCCCGACGAUUUCGAGUACUUCAACUCGCCUCUAAAGUCUUCCAAUGAGUAUGCCAAUGAACUUUACGGUGAGCCUUUUCAUUCGCCAAAGAAAACAAAACCAAAACCAGAUGAUUAUAUGAACGAAAAGCAUAGAGAGGUUAUCAAUUCUGAGAUAUCCGCGUUUGAAUUCAUCCUCAUGAUCACGGAUUUGCUACAAGAGCUGUGUAAAGCUGAAAGCAGUCUGUCGGGUUCUGAAGGUUCACAAAUAUCAAUGCAGUGUAUAAAUUUUUCAUUAAAAAACCUAUGCUCUCUACAGUUUGGUUCGCUUCCCUCUUGUUCAAAGAGUGUGGACGAAGUCUCUCACAUAAAAGUUGCCCUAACAGAACUACUAAUAGUCUCUUUAGACAAAGUUCUCAUCCGGUCCGACCUGUGUGCCAAACUAAUAAACAAUGGCAUACUACCGAUGCUGCUAAGAAUAUUAGAGGACGUAAUCUGCAAAUCUAGCUCUAAGUACCAUAAGAAGUCUGAUGAGAAUCUCGUCGAUGAUACUUUAACAGAGGCUCAGUCUGACGAUAUGCUCAGAUUCGUUUUCGGCAUAGCGUAUUCUAUCACAGCUUUCUUCCACUGUCUCCUUAUGCAGUGUCGCACCCUGGACAAUUUAAGAGAAUUCACCGAUCAGUUCAAGUUGUACGGAGAGUGUCUCAAAGGCGGUCUACUUAGAGAAUGCGUUGAGUUGAUGAUCAGGAUACGAGGCGUUGAUUACGACGAGGCCUUCACGCUUAUAAAGAAGCUGUUAGAGUCCGUGGGGAAGCUAAUAAACGGAAUGAAGAGGGUGCGAAGUGAGGUUGUGCAUUCUGCAGCUUGCCCUCGUACUAGACAUAAGGUCUGCCGUGCGCGGGUCGCGGCGGGCAUGCAUCACCACCAUGACAUUCUAGGCGAGGCCAGCACAGAUCUUCUCUUAUCGUCCACUUGUUGCGUAUCAGUUCUAUAUGGUACACUGGCUUGCUUGUUAACGGACGAGGAAGUGUCAGCUCAGGCCCCGCUCAGACAUAAAAUACUGCGUGUUAUGUUAAACUCUGGCGUCUGCUGUUGCUUUUCCCCUGGACUGCUAAUGGAAUACAUUGUCCGAUUGAUGUUAACACACGACUCGGUCGCUUCGAAAUGUCUCCAAGUUUUAGAACAUACUGUGUACGGGGAUUUGGGAGCGAGCGUGCUGAUACCGAAGGUCACAGAUCAGCUCCCUUGUUCCAUUUGCGAGCCGAGCGAUGACAAAAGGUUCGCCAAGAAACACUGCCUUCACUCUGUUAGCCCGGUCGAUCGGAAGAGUAUAUGGUCAUUCUUGAUCCACUACAACUCUUUACUACAACUGGAUAAUCAUAAUAAUGUGUUGCAUGCGACGGUGUCUCAUUUGCUUCGAGUGACACCAAAGUGUCGAUUAGAAAUGAAGCACGAGUUACUCUUCAGCGUGAUAUACCCGACUUUCAUAGUCGCCAAACAUAGAUACAUUAUUAGAAUGGAGGACUCGGCCUAUUUCCUGACCGUAUCGUGUCUAAAUAUCUUUUCCAGUCUACUAAACACGGUUUCUUUUGCCGAUCAGUUCAUUCAAAAAGGUGGCCUUAGUUACGUACUGGAGCUCGUCUCCCUACCAGAAUUCUCAAACCAGUGUUGUUCCAUACUCGAAAUAGCUAUUACCGUUGAAAUAUUCAAAUUGAUCAAAGAUAACACAACCACGACUUAUACUAGAGAAAUAAGCUCUCUAGCGUCUAUCCAAAUGCUAUUCAAGUCUCUGUCAGGAACUACCCAGAGAUGCUUCAAAAUCUACCGCCUUAAACUUCCAGAAGAAAAAUUCAACGAGCUUUCUGACGUCGCUGAGGAAAAGAAAAAGCUAUCAUUCAAAGAGAAACGCCGUGACUCGUCACAAAUAAGAAAAGUGUCUAUGCCGAAAGCGAUAAAAACAAACUUCGCUGCGGGUGAGAACGUGAUAGAAGAAUCUAUAGACGAUUACUUGGAGGCUUUGAAGAAUGCAUGGACUUUCUGGAAAUCAUGCGCGGCACUGUGUCUUUAUAGCCCCGUGUUCAGACAAUACGUGAUAGACGAGGACGUGUUCUUGGACAGUUUUGCGCUGCUACGAGUGUUGUUGUAUUUAGUGAGAAACUGCGAUAUCGCGCCGGCGGAGAUGAGACUGCUAAUUAAGAUCGUGGAGGCCUUGCUGACAGUGCAAUUUGCCGUGUCAGACGUAACAUCGGACCGUUCAAAAGAGGCCAGCUGCGCUGUGGUCAGAGCGGCGCUGCACAACGCGGGCACUGACGGUAGCGCGGCAUUGCGAGCGCUGUGUGAGGCGCUAGUGCGCGUCGCUGUUGCUGAACCAAGCGCUGCGCACGCCAUGCCGCCGCCUCCACCGCAAGCAAAGGUUCCGCCCCUCCUUUGCCCCUCCGGCAGCAGCUCCGUGGAAGGGUCCUCUAGCGAGGAGAGCGUUGCAGUGCCCUACGCGUCCGAGCACAGCGAGCCUUACUACCGCGCCGACGAGGGGUACGAGGCUGACGUGGAAAUAGGCAAGUUUGACCUGCUGUCAACGUACAAAUCACGCAAAGUGUCGGAAUCGUUGUCUUCUACAAGCAGCGCUACUGAGCCUGCUUUGGGGCCAGCAUGCUCACAGUACGCGGAGAGCGGGCGGCUAGCGCACCCCGAGCUAUGCGUUAUCGUGCUAGACAUACUCACAGACCUAAUACACAAACUAGUAUCGGAACCCGACGGGCAAGAAGGUGCGCGCGCGUCGGGCGCGUCCUUAGCGCGCGCGUGCUGCACGCGCCUCGCCGCCGCGCUGGGGCGGGCUCGGGCUCCGCCCCCGCCGCUCCUGGGUCGGCUGCUGGGCCCCAAGACCGCCGCCUUAUUGGAGUUGAACGAUCCUGAUCUUGCAGAGCUUCAGCGUAGCAUAUUAGAGCUAAUCCACGUGGUGGCCAUGCGGUCGAUAAGCGCCUCGGAGCUGGCGCUGCUGCUGCGGCUAUGCGCGCGGCGGGCGGCGCUGCCGGCGCUAUUGCCAGCACUGCUUCGGCUGGCCGGGGACGCGGAGCCCGCGCCGCUUGCCGUGCUUGCCUUCCCCGUCACACAGUCUACAGAUGCCGGGCCCUUGGGGCGGAAGGACGGCUUCGAGGACGUGAGCGCUCCGGCGCACUGCGCACACGCAGAGGCGGCGGCACGGGGGCUUCGAGAGGCUCACCUAAAGGCCGGGUUGAACUCGGCAUGGGCGCUGCACGCGGCGCGGUGCGGCGCGGAGGGCGCGGGCUGGGCGCCGUGGCUGCAGGGCUUCGCUCUCACUACUUGGUUACGUCGUCAUCCGCCCAACGAACCAGCAAAUGAAUGGAAGGGUUCAGCAGAGCGUUCGCUCGACGCGAUGGAGAAACACGUAAACUCGGAACUACACGUCCUGACUAUUGGACACGACUCGCUCCUUCUCGAGCUUUGGCUGCACACAGACUGCGGUGCGUUUACACUACGCCUUUCGCGCCCCGAAACAUCAUGCUACAAAGUGCUAAGUGAGACCCGCGUGGACGCAGCCCUACCACCCGCGCAGUGGUGCUGUGUGGCCCUUAACGUUAAAGAGGUCGUGCAUAAGCGAAAAAUACACAUACAGGUGACACUUUACAUAGAUGGAUGCGAGUGUGAAACUGUGUCACUGCCUUUACAAGGCAUCCUGGUCCGCAAAGUGACCCCAACGCACCUACUGGUCGGUCACUCGAUUGCGGCCCGCGGCGGCUAUCACAUGUCGGGGUGCUGCGUGUACCGCGCGCCCGUGCUCGGCGCCGCCGCCGCGCUGCACGCCGCCGCGCACCAGCCCGCGCCGCACCCGCACCUCAAGUGCAAGGUGAGGGUUGUAGCGUGUACAAUUUACUCCCAACGCACCUACUGGUCGGUCACUCGAUUGCGGCCCGCGGCGGCUAUCACAUGUCGGGGUGCUGCGUGUACCGCGCGCCCGUGCUCGGCGCCGCCGCCGCGCUGCACGCCGCCGCGCACCAGCCCGCGCCGCACCCGCACCUCAAGUGCAAGCGUGUACAAUUCACUCCCAACGCACCUACUGGUCGGUCACUCUAUUGCGGCCCGCGGCGGCUAUCACAUGUCGGGGUGCUGCGUGUACCGCGCGCCCGUGCUCGGCGCCGCCGCCGCGCUGCACGCCGCCGCGCACCAGCCCGCGCCGCACCCGCACCUCAAGUGCAAGGUGAGGGUUGUAGCGUGUACAAUUCACUCCCAACGCACCUACUGGUCGGUCACUCUAUUGCGGCCCGCGGCGGCUAUCACAUGUCGGGGUGCUGCGUGUACCGCGCGCCCGUGCUCGGCGCCACCGCCGCGCUGCACGCCGCCGCGCACCAGCCCGCACCGCACCCGCACCUCAAGGUGCUGCGUGUACCGCGCGCCCGUGCUCGGCGCCGCCGCCGCGCUGCACGCCGCCGCGCACCAGCCCGCGCCGCACCCGCACCUCAAGUGCAAGGUGAGGGUUGUAGCGUGUACAAUUCACUCCAAACGCACCUACUGCGUGUACAAUUCACUCCCAACGCACCUACUGGUCGGUCACUCUAUUGCGGCCCGCGGCGGCUAUCACAUGUCGGGGUGCUGCGUAUACCGCGCGCCCGUGCUCGGCGCCGCCGCCGCGCUGCACGCCGCCGCGCACCAGCCCGCGCCGCACCCGCACCUCAAGUGCAACGUGAGGGUUGUAGCGUGUACAGUUCACUCCCAUCCCAACGCACCUACUGGUCGGUCACUCUAUUGCGGCCCGCGGCGGCUAUCACAUGUCGGGGUGCUGCGUGUACCGCGCGCCCGUGCUCGGCGCCGCCGCCGCGCUGCACGCCGCCGCGCACCAGCCCGCGCCGCACCCGCACCUCAAGUGCAAGGUGAGGGUUGUAGCGUGUACAAUUCACUCCAAACGCACUUACUGGUCGGUCACUCUAUUGCGGCCCGCGGCGGCUAUCACAUGUCGGGGUGCUGCGUGUACCGCGCGCCCGUGCUCGGCGCCACCGCCGCGCUGCACGCCGCCGCGCGCCAGCCCGCGCCGCACCCGCACCUCAAGUGCAAGGUGAGGGUUGUAGCGUGUACAGUUCACUCCCAUCCCAACGCACCUACUGGUCGGUCACUCUAUUGCGGCCCGCGGCGGCUAUCACAUGUCGGGGUGCUGCGUGUACCGCGCGCCCGUGCUCGGCGCCACCGCCGCGCUGCACGCCGCCGCGCACCAGCCCGCGCCGCACCCGCACCUCAAGUGCAAGGUGAGGGUUGUAGCGUGUACAAUUCACUCCCAACGCACCUACUGGUCGGUCACUCUAUUGCGGCCCGCGGCGGCUAUCACAUGUCGGGGUGCUGCGUAUACCGCGCGCCCGUGCUCGGCGCCGCCGCCGCGCUGCACGCCGCCGCGCACCAGCCCGCGCCGCACCCGCACCUCAAGUGCAAGUUCACUCCCAUCCCAACGCACCUACUGGUCGGUCACUCUAUUGCGGCCCGCGGCGGCUAUCACAUGUCGGGGUGCUGCGUGUACCGCGCGCCCGUGCUCGGCGCCGCCGCCGCGCUGCACGCCGCCGCGCACCAGCCCGCGCCGCACCCGCACCUCAAGUGCAAGGUCGAUAAUGAAAUUCCAAACUACUCAAGACUCUUGACUCCGAACGUGCUCGAUUCAAACAUCGAUUGGGAUCAUGUGUACGAUAUGUCUGGAGCAGCGCUUCGUGAGCUAAACGAGAAUUUGUUGUUAUCCUUCAGCGCACACGCACCUAAUAUCGUCAAUCUCUACCACCAGACGACGCCAUUAUCCACAGUAUUUUCCACUCGCAACCCGGGUCCGAAACCAGUAGCGGGCGCCUGCGUCCCCGAGCCGCUAGCAUGCACCUGGACCGUGCGCUGGAAAGCGUCCGGGCACUGCGGCAUCGCGCCCGCAGUCUACAUGCUGGGCGGGCCGUCUGUGCUGCUGUAUCUGUUUGCUAGGGUAGUGGAAAUGGAGGCGAGCGCAGAAGAACAAGGGAUGGCAUUGGGAAUAGUCCUUCGCGUAUGCCGCGCUGACAACAGGCUACGGUCGGCAUUGCACGGCGCUGACGGCUUGGAGCUGCUGCUGCGAGUGUUCGGGACGCCGAAGUGCCGCCUCACACGCCGAAUGCUGCAGGUAAAGACAGAAGAACAAGCGAUGGCAUUGGGAAUAGUCCUUCGCGUAUGCCGCGCUGACAACAGGCUACGGUCGGCAUUGCACGGCGCUGACGGCUUGGAGCUGCUGCUGCGAGUGUUCGGGACGCCGAAGUGCCGCCUCACACGCCGAAUGCUGCAGGUAAAGACAGAAGAACAAGCGAUGGCAUUGGGAAUAGUCCUUCGCGUAUGCCGCGCUGACAACAGGCUACGGUCGGCAUUGCACGGCGCUGACGGCUUGGAGCUGCUGCUGCGAGUGUUCGGGACGCCGAAGUGCCGCCUCACACGCCGAAUGCUGCAGGUAAAGACAGAAGAACAAGCGAUGGCAUUGGGAAUAGUCCUUCGCGUAUGCCGCGCUGACAAAAGGCUACGGUCGGCAUUGCACGGCGCUGACGGCUUGGAGCUGCUGCUGCGAGUGUUCGGGACGCCGAAGUGCCGCCUCACACGCCGAAUGCUGCAGGUAAAGACAGAAGAACAAGCGAUGGCAUUGGGAAUAGUCCUUCGCGUAUGCCGCGCUGACAACAGGCUACGGUCGGCAUUGCACGGCGCUGACGGCUUGGAGCUGCUGCUGCGAGUGUUCGGGACGCCGAAGUGCCGCCUCACACGCCGAAUGCUGCAGGUAAAGACAGAAGAACAAGCGAUGGCAUUGGGAAUAGUCCUUCGCGUAUGCCGCGCUGACAACAGGCUACGGUCGGCAUUGCACGGCGCUGACGGCUUGGAGCUGCUGCUGCGAGUGUUCGGGACGCCGAAGUGCCGCCUCACACGCCGAAUGCUGCAGGUAAAGACAGAAGAACAAGCGAUGGCAUUGGGAAUAGUCCUUCGCGUAUGCCGCGCUGACAACAGGCUACGGUCGGCAUUGCACGGCGCUGACGGCUUGGAGCUGCUGCUGCGAGUGUUCGGGACGCCGAAGUGCCGCCUCACACGCCGAAUGCUGCAGGUAAAGACAGAAGAACAAGCGAUGGCAUUGGGAAUAGUCCUUCGCGUAUGCCGCGCUGACAACAGGCUACGGUCGGCAUUGCACGGCGCUGACGGCUUGGAGCUGCUGCUGCGAGUGUUCGGGACGCCGAAGUGCCGCCUCACACGCCGAAUGCUGCAGGUAAAGACAGAAGAACAAGCGAUGACAUUGGGAAUAGUCCUUCGCGUAUGCCGCGCUGACAACAGGCUACGGUCGGCAUUGCACGGCGCUGACGGCUUGGAGCUGCUGCUGCGAGUGUUUGGGACGCCGAAGUGCCGCCUCACACGCCGAAUGCUGCAGGUGAUCUUAGAGGAAGCCUGCACUAGCCGCGUGUUGACUUCCACCGGAGCCGGAUUGGUGGUCAGCGGCGCUGACGCGGUGGUGCGCGAGCCAGCGUUACUAGCGCUACUAGUGCAAGCCAGCCGCCAUCUCGACACGAAGGAGGAACUGGAAUGGGAAGUGGAGGGCGAGCGCAUGCGCGGCUCUCUCUGGGCACUGACGUUGUGCUGCAUACGUUCGCUGCUAGAAGACGCGGGCGCACGGCGAUGGCGCGCUUUUAACCAGCAGCAGCUACACCGGCAUCAUCUACUUCGGUUGUUGCUGGCUGCUUGCAAGGAACGUUUUCUGAACUCAGAGGACAAUCCAAGCCGCAGCCCGGACGCGGCAGGCGCCUGCCUCGUGGGGGUGGUGGGGGGGCUGCUCGGCUCACCGCCCCUCCCCUGCCAUCUGGCGGAGCUGUGUGACUUCCUGCUGCUGAUGCAUCAGGCAAGCGACACAUUUGUGACGCAUUCGCGGGCGAACUUCUACUUCCUCCUAACGGCAGACACCCAAGACACCAGCGAGUUUAUGAUGAAGGCGCGGCGGCGGGAGCCGGAGCCCGAGGCCACCGACAGCGGGAGUCUGCGAGAGGAGGACAGCAAGCUGAUGAAGGGCAUCAUCAACAUGCAGAUCAAGGAGGGCAGAAAACACAAUAUCUCAUCGACGUCAGAGAAUUCGGAUUUAAAUAUUGAAAUGAGCGGCGACAUGAUGGACCCCGUAGUAGAAAACGAGAGCGUGCCCGAUGACGCGCUCAGCGGGUACAUAGUCGUCGACGUGGACGACGUAGCACACACAACCGUCGAGAUGUAUUCCAGCGGGAUCUACCAUGAGAAACGAGUACGCGCUGGCGCCGCUCCGGGCUGGACGGCUUGCGAGGGUCUACUGCUUCUUCUGCGAGAUGCCAUCUUACUGCUCUCUGAACACGACUUGGCACAGGCGAUGCAAGGCGCUAUACAGCCCGAGGCGCUGAUCGUGGUCGCGAACCACCGCGACGCGGGCGUGCGCGCAGCCGUCCUCCGUGUCGUGGGCGCGCUGCAGCGCCGCGGCGUGCCCGCGCUGCAGCCGCGCGUGCCGCACAAGACCUACCUCUACCGACAUCUAGCCAACCAGAUAGCCUUGUAUCCGAGCUCAAUAGAGCUAGCAGCAGCGUGUGCCGCCCUUGUCACCAAGUGCGACGUGCCGUUAGAAGACCAGCUCGAGGACGACAUCUGGGUGGACGUUUCUCCCGAAAUGCUACACUGCGCGGCUCCGCUUUUGGCAACACUACCAACCUGCCUGCACGAUCCACCGCUUGCGCACAACGUGUCUCUUCUCGUUCGCCGCAUUAUUGACAAGGGUUCUCUAAAACUGCUCUCCGAGAUGAGCAUAGCCGAGGUGGCCGUGCGCUGUGUACGCGACCUGGGCGCGACCGGGGAGUUCAACGGACGGGCGUUACUGCUGUCCGACAUGGGGGCGCUACUCGCGAAGCUCGCGGUCAAGGCACUCGAGUCACACCACCACAUGCAGAUAAUCACCGAUAUGCAUCAUAUGCUGACAUAUGCGGAACUGACGGCCGAAAGCGAGAACGUAGCGCGAGCGGCACGCGCUGCCCAGGUGUCGUUGUUCGUGGCACAACUCGACCAUUUGGAUAUAGCGAGCCGCGCGCGUCAAAAGCAUAACAAUUACUUCACUAAUGUUCUCUCAUCAGCGGUAUCACUGGGUACAGAGGGAAUAUCCCAAACGGAACUGGAAGCUCGACAAUUAGCCACCGUCACUGCGUCGGUGAACUUCCUGCAGUCGCGAUCGCCCGUGCUGCCGGUCCACUCCGAGGGCGAGCUAGUGGAACGACUACUAGUCAUGCUUAUAGCCGCCGUGAGCGGCGGCCUACCAACGCGGCGGGCGUGGUGGGCUGGCUCCGGCGGGGAUGGAUGGCUGCGUGCUUUACGAGAACUAGUAUGGUGGGUGGGCGCCCCAGCCUCGGGCGCACGCGCGCUGCAACCCCACCUUCUGCGCGCACUGCACGCCGCCCCACACGUGGCCACCAUGCUCAAGCCUCCACCAACUUGCAGAAAGUUGGCAGUGUACCUGCUCCUGAUGUUGCGUCACAUGCACGCGCUAGCCGAGAACGGCGACGAGGGCGUUGAACUCGCCAUCACAGACUGGGCGCGUGGCUGGUGCGUGGCGCUCCAGGACGGGCUCGAGAACAGGCUCGGAGCGGCGUUACAAGACGAGGCUGCUGCCCUACUGAGAGUGGACGAGGAGCGCUGGACCAAGACUGCCCACAACCACAACGCCAAUAUUGGCAAAGUAAUCUUCAGCAAGGAGUCCCUAGCGGCGCGCCUAACCGAGUCAGCAAUGGCAGCGACGCGAGCCGUAGUGGACGUGCAAAAUGGAGAACGCAAGGCGUUCAUGGAAGUGCUACGGCGCUCGCAGUCUUCUGGAGCCGUCGCGACGAGGUGCUGGCAGCAACUGGCCGACCAUCUCACUCAUGAGCAAGCAUUAUGGCAUGAACCGGAAUCGUACCCCGUGUCGUGGGAGCUAGACGGCGCCGAGGCACCGGGCCGCGUGCGCGUGCGUCUACGCCGCGCACAUCUCGCGCUCAAACCGCGCUUCCUAAAGCCCAGUCAUCAGCACAAGCCCGUACUAGCAGAAGCAGCUGCGUGCAGCACAGUCCAUCUUCGCAGCAUCACGGGCGACGCUGGCGGGUUUCGCGGGGGGCUAGUGGCUCGACUGCAGCUACACGAGACCGUGGCGCACAUGGCGCGCGUCACGCUCGUCACCGUGGCGCGAGAGCGAGACGGGGAGCUGCUGCUCACCGACAGAUGUAUACACUUCGUACCGGACUCGUUAGGCGACGUGGAAGGCGAGGAAGCACUAAGCUGGGCGCUAGAAGACGUUCGCCACGUCGCCACCCGACGGUGGUGCUUGCAAGAACGGGCCGCGGAGCUGUUCCUAGCUGAAGGCAGAGCGUGGCUGCUGGCGUUCGCGGGGAACGCCGAGCGGACCGCCUUCCUACAACACACCGCCAAGCAUUUACCCACUAGAAUGGAGCCUGAAACCCUCUCCGAAGCCAUGAACCAAUGGCGCAACGGCACCAUCACCAACUGGGAGUACCUCAUGAAACUCAACGGCCUGGCGGGCCGCACCUACAACGACCUUAUGCAGUACCCAGUCCUGCCGUUCGUGAUAGCUGACUAUAGUAGCAGGAUACUGGACCUUAACGACCCUGCCACGUUUAGAGACCUAAGCAAGCCCAUGGCCAUUCAGAAUAAGAGCAGGGAGCAGCAUUAUAUCAAUACAUACAACGAUCUAAAAGCAGCCCGUCGAGAAGGCUGCGGCGCGCUAGCGUCACGCGACCCACAUCACUAUGCAUCUUUAUACUCGAACCCUGGUUGUGUGUUACACUACCUCGUACGACUGCCCCCGUUUACACAACUGCUGCUGCACUACCAAGACAACAACUUCGAUAUGCCAGACCGCACGUUCCACUCGUUGGCGACCACGUGGCGACUCAUCACCAACGACUCGCCCACCGACGUGAAGGAGCUCAUUCCCGAACUGUACUACUUGCCCGAGCUGUUCCACAACGACGAAGGCUUGAAUCUCGGCGUGCGCCAAUGCGGCGCGUGCGUGGACGACGUGGAACUCCCAGCGUGGGCGGCCGACGCGCGCCUGUUCACGCUCGUCCACCGCCAGGCGCUCGAGGCGCCGCUGGUCACCGAGAGCCUGCCGCACUGGAUCGACCUCGUGUUCGGCUACAAGCAGACCGGCCAAGCCGCCAUCGACGCCGUCAACGUGUUUCCGCACUGCACCUACUACGGCUUCGACCCGGAAACGUUGUCUGACGAGGUGGACCGCACGGCGGCGGCCGCCAUGGUCCGCACGUACGGCCAGGCGCCGCGCCAGCUGCUGCGCGCGCCACAUCCACACCGCGCGUCCGACCUUGCGCCUACUACUGACAGACAGCCACAAGUGUGGGCGGGGGUGGAGGGCGCGCGCUGGGGCCGGUACUGCGGCUCGCCCUCGCUCGGCGCCCCGCGGGUGGCGCUGCGGCGCGCGCUGGGCGGCGCGAGGCUGGCGCCGCUGCCCGAGCGCGCGCACGCCGCCGCCGCCGCCGCCGCGCCGCCGCACAACGCUCUGCUCGCGUUGCCUGCUGAUCACGGCGACGUCUCCACCAACUCGUCGGGCGAAACCUGUCUAGCUCUAUUAUCGUGGGGGCACUCCGACGGCGUUGUGCGCCUCAAGCGACGCCGCGACGCGCCGCUGGAGCCCGUGCUGCGAGUAACCCCACUUGACCAGAUCACAGCAGUGGCGACAUCGUGCACGUCAGCCUCAUGUCCGGUCGUGAUCGGGCACGCGUCCGGACGCGUGCUAGUGCUGCGGCCGCGGCGCGGCGGCGGCGCCGCUUUACGUGCACGGUCACUCGCGCUGCACGCGCACGACGCGCACGUCACCGACGUCGCCGUGUGCGUGCCCGCCGGGCUGCUGGUCACCGCUAGUGUUGAUGGCAAGAUCGUGCUGUGGGACUUGAAUAAGCUGACCUACAUCCGCACGCUCCCCAACCGCGACAUGCUGCCCGUGACGCACGUGGCUAUCAGCGAGACGCUCUGCGACGUUGCCAGCGUGCACGACGUGACGGCGCCGACGACGAGCACGCCAACUGCCGACGACGACUCGUACGAGAAGGACGCGGAGAACUACAAGUCGCUUAUACGCGUGCAUACGGUCAACGGGAGAUUUGUUGGUAGCGUGAAAGUAGCAGAGCGAGUAACAUGCAUUUGCUACUCGAACGCGCCGGAAGGCGUCAGCGUGAACGCAAUAGCGUGCGGGGACCGCAGCGGCGCCGUGCGGUUCUACAGCGCGUGGGACCUGCGCCCGCUCGGCGUGCUGCCGGCCGCGCACACCGCGCCCGCUGCACUCGGCGUCGUUAGCUUAACAUACAGCCUGGACAGCGAGAUCCUGUUCGGCUGCUACGCGGACGGCACGUGCGUGGCGUGGCACGGCGGCGGCGCGCGGCCCACCGUGCAGCUGCUGCCCGCGCACGCGCUAUUCUGACGCUCACUGCGCGCGCGCUGCUGCCUCGCGCCCGGCUAGCGGGGUCACUGACCCCGGCUACUGUCGCAGCCUACACAGCCUGAACAGGCUCUCGAUUGGUCAAACAACUGACUUGCACGACGUUAACCGCGCGUAGCAAAACGUGAGUUUACUAUUGUAUCGUUUUUCUGAUGCUCGAUGCGCUCAGUAAACACGCGUUGAAAACGGUAGCCCAGUUUUCGAGCUAAGCUAACACGGAAUUGUAAGCGCUCGUAUACAUUAUUGUGAAUGGCAAUGGAUUGGUAUUGUUUCCUAAAACAUAUAAAACCCGCGUUUUCGUAAAGUUUCAGUGCAAUGACUAAGUUAUUUCUUGUGGCUGGCUAAGGCUACAAAAAUCUAAUUUUAAAUAUGAUCAAACUUUUACUCAAAAAAAUUGUAGUCACGAAUCUCAACGUCUUAUAAAUGUUGUGUCGUGAAAAUACGCUAAAAUAUAGACUUACCAAAUGUCAAAUACAUAAUAUAUUAUAUUCAUAGGAAUAAUAAUUAUCAUUCUUGUCUUCCGUCAGAGCCUAGCAAAGUAUGUAUAGGUAUAUUAUGUUUUAAAUCUAUGAUAUUGCCACAUAUCCGAAAACAAUGCAACUUUCUUUAUUUAUACGUAUAAGAGACUUGUUUAAGUGUACUCUAUGGUGUGAAAUUUUAUCAUAACAUAUUCCAAUCACUAAUCAUAUUUUAGCAAUCAGAGUGGAAAUUUAUUUCCUUUUUUCAAAUACUUAAUUAUAUGAAGUAUGUUUACCCUACCAGCGUCACAAUGUGAUAUCAGAUGUAUGUCAUAUGAGGCAGUGGUUUAUUUGCUCAAAGCUAAGUAAUUAUCCAACGGUAUUUAUGCCUCAUUGGCCAAGCCAAUUUUUUAUCAAAUGGCUCCUCUACACGAGGGCCCAACGUAGGCCAAUCGAAGGGACGCAGCUAUGCGGUGGAAUGAGAUAGCAAUAUCACUUGCUCCCUCUAACGCAUAAAUGCGUCCCUUAGAUUGGCUUACGUUGGGCCAUCGUGU